CACACCCUGACAUGGUGACUCAGGGGCUGCAGGAUCUCGCCAUGCUGAACCUGGGAGAGGUGCAGAGUGUCUCGGGUCAGCCCGUCAUGGCCACCGGUGUUGGUUUGGGUUUCGGCGUUUCCUCCUCUCUCUCCUCCUCCAACCCAUUUAUCAGCUCCAGCAUGCCCGGCUCGCCCCUGCGCUCUCUACAGGGAAACCCCGUGCGCUCUGAGGCAUCCCUCAGCAACCUACAUGUUCCCCUGGACUCCAUCAAAACCAGUAAGACUCUUCCUGUGACUGCGUACGAUAAAGACGGAGUGCGCGUCCUCCUGCACUUCGGCUCUGAGUGUCCUCCCGGGAGACCCGACGUCCUCGUCAUCGUGGUGUCCAUGCUGAACACGGCUCCUCUCGCAGUGAAGAACAUCGAGCUACAGGCCGCAGUGCCGAAGUCCAUGAAAGUGAAGCUUCAGAGUCCGUCAGGAGCCGAGCUGGCGCCCUUUAACCCCGUCCUGCCCCCUUCCUCCAUCACACAGGUCAUGCUUCUCGCUAACCCGCUUAAAGAGAAGGUGCGUCUGCGCUAUAAGCUGAUGUUCCUCCUCGGUGAGAGACAGUACUGUGAAGUAGGUGAGCUGGAUCAGUUUUCUCCACCAGAGAGAUGGGGAAACCUGUAGAGCUAACACACACACACACACACACACACACACACACACACACACACACACACACUGAUGGUAAGGUCAGGUGACAGAGGUCUUAACUCUGAGAUCACUGUAAGCCCUGACUCGGACAUGUGUAAGAAAACUCCGGGUUUAUUUAUUGAUUUGUUUGUACUUUAUUAAAGCUGUAAAUGACGAGUGUCAUCAAGGGUCCAAGUUAGCUUCUAGUCGCUUCGACCUAC